AUGAGUGUUUGGCAACUCACUUUGGUACUCGCCCUUCUGAUUCCAUGUGGUGUGUGCCAGUUUCUGAACUCUCUAUCACUUGCGCCAAGCGAUACCUCAACAGGUGACAAAUCAUGGACUAAAGAAGCCAUACGACGGCUAUGGGUUGAACGCAAAAAAAUGGGUCAUACACCUCUUUUCCGUUAUAAAUAUCCUGCUCAACCAAAUGUUGAAAUAUUAUUUAAAAAUGAAUCAGCGAGUAUGACAGGAAGCUUGAAACAUCGCUAUGCAUGGAUGUUAAUGAUGUGGGCCUUGAUGGAAGGACAUGUAACGCAAGGACGAACCGUAUAUGAAGCAUCAUCUGGCAAUACUGCAGCGUCCCUAGGAUAUAUGUGUCGUUUAAUUGGAAGCAACUUUACAGUGAUUGUUCCUGAGACGAUUGAGGCGGUGAAACAACAACAUAUUGAAGAAUUUGGAACCACUGUUGUGAAAGUUCCUAUUUCUCAAAGACUUGAGCGAGCCCGCGAAGAAGCCGAAACCAACAAUGGUUUUUUCAUGAAUCAGUUCGGAAAUGCUGAUAAGGCAGAGGACUACCAUGAAACUGGCGAUUAUCAACUUGAGUCUUUGAAUAUGUUUCAUGAAAUUUUAUCACAAAUGCAUGAUGAUCCUGCCCAGAUAGUAAAGGUUCCUCAUUACUUCAUCCAUACAGCUGGAACAGGUGGAACAAUUUCAUCUAUUGGUCGUUACAUCAAGAAAUACGGUUUAAACACUAAGGUUGUCUUUGCUGACACUCAGUAUUCUGUUUACUAUGAUGUUGUAGUCAAUGAAAGAUUCACCAACGAAUCUGGUGCCCACUUAUGGAUAAGUCCAGGAAUGGCUGGUUUUGGAUACGGACCAAUGGGGCCAGCCCAAAAAGGAAAAACAUCGAGCCUCGAUCCAGCUGUAAUUGACCGCGCUCUCAAAGUUCCAGAUUUAGCUUCAACAGCAGCUAUGAAAGUUCUCAGAGAUCAAGGUAUUGAGGGAGGUACCAGUAGCGGUAUCAAUUUUAUAUCCGCACUUCAUGUGGCAGCAACUAAUAAAGGAAACAGGACAGUUACUAUUACCACCAUUCUAUCCGACCCUGCGUACUAUUAUGAUGCUACUUAUUACAAUCGAGAUUGGAUAUCAAAAAACUUCAAAGUUCACGGCGGCUUACGGGUUUACGACUGUUGGGUUAGAGUAAUACAACAAGCUUUAGAAGAACCGAUCGACCCUCUAGCUGUAGGCAACGAAAUGUGUCAAAUGGCUAUACAUUGA